AUGGCCGCCGUCCAGAUUGAGGAGCCGCCGGAGCAGAAGAACAAUGCGUCGAGCGAAUCCAUGGCCCCUGUCCCCUGGCUGCCUGCCGUGGCGGAGCGGUACGAGCGCCUCGAGAAGCUUGGCCAAGGCAUGUUCGGCGACGUGUACAAGGCCUGGGACCGCGUGCUGGAGCGCUUCGUCGCCGUGAAGCGGCUGUCGGGGAGGACCGACGACCGCUUCGUGAGGACCCCGCUCCCGGACUUCGCGCGGGAGGUCAUGUCCCUCGCGGCGUGCCGCGGCCACCCUUCCGUCGUCGAGCUCCUCGCCACGUACGCCGACUGCGGCCGCGCCGACGGCGACUGCUUCGUCGUCACGGAGUACGCCGGGCCCAUGAACCUGCGCGAGUACGCGGGCGUCCGGCGCCGUAACAACGAGCCGUUCGACGAGGACGAGGUGCGCGACGUCAUGGCGCAGCUCCUCGCCGGCGCCAGGCACGCGCACAGAGCGGGCGUCCUGCACAGGGACAUCGUCCCGGAGAACGUGAUCGUCGACAUGGUCGGCGGCGGCAGGAUGGUGUACAAGAUAUGUGGCUUCGGCAUGUCGAAGCCGGCGGCGCAGGCGGACAGGGACGACUCCGGGCUACUGGCGUCCUCCAGCCCGUACCGCGCGCCGGAGCUCUUCCUGGGGUCCAAGGACUACGACGGCAGGGUGGACACGUGGUCGCUCGGCUGCAUCAUGGCGGAGCUCGUCAUCGGCGACGGCGUGCCGUUCUUUGGCGGCGCGCUGGACAAGGAGGUCUUCAACGAGAUGCUGCACGUGGUUGGCACCAAGGGCAUAGUCACGUGGAAGGGGCUGGAGCGUGUGGCGCCGCGCGACAAGGCGGCCCUGCUUCGGAAGACGGGACGCGGGGAGCGCGGCUACCUCAAGGAGACGAAGUUGCCGCCGGAGGUGCUGUCUCCGGCCGGCUUCAAAGUCUUGAAAAGCCUGCUGCACAGCAAUCCGGAUCGCAGACUUUCGGCGGCGGACGCGCUUCGGAAGCCAUGGUUCCGACGCCGCCGUAGCUUCUGCUACUUCAUGCCUCGUUGUGGACCUUAG